AUGAAAUUCCAUGAGACUGAGUGUCAAAGGAGGCAGACUCACACUUCAAGUCUCGAAAUCACUGAGUUCUUUGGACCCCAAAUCCCCACUGGAGAGAAACGCGAGCGCCAAGUGUCAAAGACCUUCGAGGCCACUCCCAAAGUAGGAGCCGCUAAUGCUAGUGUUGAAGGCAUUGGCAUUUCACGAGAGUCCCAAGCAAAUUAUGCGUCACGGUGGAAUUUACGGGUCAUUGAUACGGCUCAAGCGUCAUGCAUAGGUACGAUUAUCCCCCGUGACAGAAGUAUACCUCUAGCCAUGCUCAACACAUAG